GAGAACAUGUCUCUAGGUUCUAGCAGCUUCUCUCCACCUGUGAACUUCCUUCAAGAGCUGCCAAGCUAUCGGUCAGUGGCACGCAGGCGGACAAACAUCCUCUCCCGGGACAAGCAGAGUGGUACCCUGCUAAAGCCAACGGACUCUUACAGUUCCCAGCUGGAUGGAGGAAUCACAGAAAACCUCAACAGCCAAUCCAUCCGCAAGUACGCGCUGAACAUCUCUGAGAAGCGGAGACUGAGGGACAUUCAGGAAACCCAGAUGAAGUAUUUAUCAGAGUGGGACCAGUGGAAACGGUAUAGCAGCAAGUCCUGGAAGAGGUUCCUAGAGAAAGCUCGUGAGAUGACAACCCACCUGGAGCUGUGGCGCAAGGACAUCCGCAGCAUUGAAGGGAAGUUCGGCACAGGGAUCCAGUCCUACUUCUCUUUCCUACGGUUCCUGGUGGUCCUGAACCUGGUGAUAUUCCUGAUCAUCUUCAUGUUGGUUUUGCUCCCCAUCUUACUCACCAAGUACAAGAUUACCAACAGCACUUUAGUGUUCAUUCCAUUCAAAGACAUGGAUAUUCAGUGCACUGUCUAUCCAAUAAGUAGCUCUGGGCUCAUUUACUUUUACAGUUACAUCAUAGACUUGCUGUCUGGCACAGGUUUCUUGGAGGAGACCAGCCUUUUUUAUGGACAUUACACCAUUGAUGGAGUAAAAUUCCAGAGCUUCACAUAUGAUCUGCCCCUGGCUUACUUAGUAAGCACCAUUGCCUACCUGGCCCUGAGUCUCCUUUGGAUAGUGAAAAGGUCGGUGGAAGGGUUCAAAAUCAGCCUGAUCCGAAGUGAGGAGCACUUCCAGAGUUACUGUAACAAGAUCUUCGCUGGCUGGGACUUUUGCAUCACCAACCGCAGCAUGGCCGAGCUGAAGCACAGCAGCUUGCGGUAUGAGCUCCGAGCAGAUCUGGAGGAAGAGAGAAUACGACAGAAAAUAGCUGAGAGGACCUCAGACGAAACCAUACGCAUUUACUCCUUGAGGCUGUUCUUGAACUGCAUCGUGCUGGCUGUGCUUUCGGCAUGCUUUUAUGCAAUCUACCUAGCCACUACCUUCUCACAAGAACAUAUGAAGAAAGAAAUUGACAAGAUGGUUUUUGGGGAGAACCUCUUGAUACUGUACCUCCCAUCCAUUGUGAUCACACUGGCCAAUUUCAUUACCCCCAUCAUCUUUGCCAAAAUCAUCCACUAUGAGGAUUAUUCGCCAGGCUUUGAGAUCCGCCUUACAAUUCUUAGGUGUGUCUUCAUGCGGCUGGCCACCAUCUGUGUGCUGGUGUUCACGCUGGGCUCCAAGAUCACAUCCUGUGGUGACAACACAUGUGAACUCUGUGGCUAUAACCAGAAACUCUACCCGUGCUGGGAGACACAGGUGGGACAGGAAAUGUACAAGCUGAUGAUCUUUGACUUCAUCAUCAUCCUGGCCGUGACACUGUUUGUGGAUUUCCCUAGGAAGCUCCUGGUGACCUACUGUUCGUCCUCGAAGCUGAUCCAGUGCUGGGGGCAGCAGGAAUUUGCCAUCCCAGACAACGUCCUGGGCAUUGUGUAUGGGCAGACCAUCUGCUGGAUUGGAGCCUUCUUCUCCCCACUCCUCCCUGCAAUUGCCACUUUGAAGUUUGUUAUCAUCUUUUACGUGAAAGAGUUGAGUCUUCUUUACACCUGCAGACCCUCCCCAAGGCAGUUCAGAGCAUCCAAUUCUAACUUCUUCUUCCUGCUGGUGUUGCUGAUUGGGCUGUGUUUAGCAAUAAUACCACUAACAAUCAGCAUGUCACGCAUCCCUUCCUCCAAAGCCUGCGGGCCAUUCACCAACUACAACACCACCUGGGAGGUUAUCCCCCUGACUGUGAGCACCUUUCCCAGCUCGCUGCAGACUCUGAUCCAUGGUGUCACAUCGGAAGCCUUCGCAGUGCCUUUCUUCAUGAUCAUCUGCCUUGUCAUGUUCUACUUCAUUGCAUUGGCUGGAGCACACAAGCGGGUGGUUGUCCAGCUCCGAGAGCAGCUGUUCCUGGAGAGCCGUGACAAGCGUUAUCUCAUCCAGAAACUAACAGAAGCUCAAAGGGAUGUGCGGAGCCAGCAGGCUUGA